AUGGACCAGACUACGCGGCUGUUCCAGAUCCGGCGAACAUGCCUGGAAAUGCUGUCCGACCGCGACUACCUAGUCGCCGAGGGUGACCUGACGAUGAACUUUGACGACUUCAGGGCGCAGUUUGCGGCGCAGGGGUCGGUCUCAAAGGAGCAGCUCACGCUGCUGCAGCAGCACAAGGACGACCCCUCACAGAAGAUCAUCGUUUUCUUCCCCGAGGCCAGCAAAGUGGGCGUGAAGGAGAUCAAGGACAUGAGCGAAAAGAUGAAGGAGGAGGGUGUCCAGCGCGCACUGCUGGUGGUGGCCCAGAACCUGACGCCCUUUGCGCGCAGCGUGGUGGCAGACAUGCAGGGCAAGCAGGUGAUGGAGGUGUUCACGGAGGCGGAGCUGCUGGUCAACAUUACUAAGCACACGCUGGUGCCGUCGCACCGCAUCCUGUCACCCGCGGAGAAGGCCACCCUGCUGGCGCGAUACAAGGUCAAGGAGGCGCAGCUGCCACGCAUACAGUGA